GAAUGGUAAAAUGUUUUCAGUCAACACGGCAAAGGUACUUCACUGCAUUAAAAAGUCAGCCAAAAGACUCCAAAAUUCAAAUGGCAGAAACAUCCAGGAACCAUCCCCGAAGCCGGAGUAACGUGAAUGGACGGCCUAUGAAUUGAAUCCUGUAAAUGUUAAAUGCCUGCCCUAACAGACUAAAAUUAGCACUUGUAAAUUGAGAUAAACAGCAGCAGGAGAGGACCAAAAUGUACGCCCCUAAGGCCGAGCAAGAACCUCAAGCAUCUGCUCCUCCCUUUCCUCUGUAUCAUCCUCCGCAACAGGUUGCACCAGGGUUUCCGCUGCCGCCUCAGAAUUUCGUCUCAGCUCCCCAACAAUAUGUCCACCCGCCUGCGCCUCAGCCAUAUCCUCCUCAAGGCCGCCCUCUUCGUCCCACAGAGUGGUCCACUGGUCUCUGCGCCUGCUGUACAGAUCAAUCCGUUUGUUGCCUCACAUGCUGGUGCCCCUGCAUCACAUUUGGGCAGAUAGCGGAGAUUGUGGAUGAGGGUUCUCCCACGUGCUGUGUAAGCGGAGGGAUCUAUGGCGCGCUGCUGUGUUUGACAGGGUUUGCGUAUUGCUAUUCGUGCUGGUACCGAACCAAGAUUAGGGACAAAUACAACUUGGCCGAUAUCCCCUGCGCAGAUUGUCUGGUCCAUUGUUUCUGCGAACCCUGCGCUCUGUGCCAGGAAUAUAGAGAACUCAAACUCCAAGGAUUUCCCCCUUCACUCGGUUGGGAAGGGAACCUGCGAAGGCAACAACAGGGGAUGGGGACUGACAUGGCAGCACCUGCGUAUCCAACCAUGGCAAGAUGAUCCCACCGGUUCUGCAUUUUGGAGUUUUAAUGGUCGUCCUCAAUAAUUUUAUUUGGAAUGGAUUUAGUAAGGGGGUUAUUAAAAAAAUUUAUUGCCGAGAUUUGAACUCUAGCAGAGUUUCUGUGAGUGCCCUUCUGAAAAUAAUUGAGUGGAAUCAUAUCUAAUUUAGUCUUUGGGUUAAACACUGCGUAAUGGAACUUUUCAAAUCGUAAAUAAAGAGAAUGUGAUCUAGCCUAUCAUCUUGCUGAAGUUAGAGCAAA